UUGUAAUCCAAGCCAAAAGAAUAAGACUAUUUCAUGAUAUCCAUUCGUAGUAAUUGAAUGAAAAGUCUAUGUAAAUCUGAGCUUGUAGGUUAUUCUGGUUUCAGAAUUUAGUUUCCAUCAUUGUGUCCAUACUUUCACAUCCAGUGCUUUCUAUAUUAGUCAACACCAAAAACAACAGGAGGAAUCUGCUUACCACUCAAUCCAAAUUGUGCUUUCCCGAGAUCAUGCUAUAUGUGUAUCUGUUCUUUUGGCUGUUUUGUGACAUAAGGUUUACCCCUUCAGAAAACAAUAUGGUUGUGUGAAGGAAUCACUCAUGAUUUUGAUGGCAGGAAUUCAUGCAUUACCUCAGCUGUCAUGGAUGUUUUUUGUCGCAUAGUGAUUAGAAUACCAGAUCUCUCUUCCGACAUGUUUAUUGGGAAAUGGAUGAAUAAAAGCCCAUAUGUAAUGGGCCACUUUCCUGGAUGUUUCCUCUUAAAAAGUAUUAGUGUUCAGCUUAAUGGGUUAGCUUAAGACUUGUGUGGAAAGUUAGUGCAAUCCCCACCUAUUAUAGAUCUUGAAAAUGACUUCCAAUUGCUAGAAAAUGGAUAUCAGAAUCAGCACCAGAUGGAUUCAGAUGUAAAAAACAAUGGGAUUGGACCUUUCAUUGAAAGUCUUUUUCAUUGGCCCUUGGAAGUUCUUAAUCAUAUAAUUAAGAAAGAUGUUAUUGCAAAACGGAGUCGGCUAUCUUAUUUAGGUCUUGGAUAGCCUAUAUAUAGGAAGGCUACUUAGGCCCAUAUGCAGUAUUUCAUUUCUUUGUGCUUUUAUAGGUCUCUGUUUUGGAGGUUGGAAAAACAUGGAAGUAAUGUCUGUUCUACUUACAGUUCUUCUGACUAUUGGACUGUGGGAUCAGACCAAUGGAGUCUCCAAUGGGAUCGGGAAGACCCCUCCAAUGGGAUGGAACAGCUGGAAUCAUUUCGCUUGUUCAAUUGAUGAAAGUAUCAUUCGUGGAACAGCUGAUGCACUGAUUUCCACUGGAUUAUCCAAGGUCGGAUAUGAAUAUGUAAAUAUAGAUGAUUGUUGGGGUGAGCAAAACAGAGAUGCUCAGGGCAAUCUGGUUGCUCGAGCUUCAACAUUUUCUUCAGGCAUCAAGGCCUUGGCAGAUUAUGUUCACUCUAAGGGUCUCAAACUUGGAAUAUAUUCUGAUGCUGGAUCUUACACUUGCAGUAAAACCAUGCCAGGCUCCCUUGGACAUGAGGAACAGGAUGCCAAAACAUUUGCUUCAUGGGGGGUGGACUACUUGAAAUAUGAUAAUUGCAACAAUGGUGGAACACAACCUCAGAAAAGGUACCCAACAAUGAGUACAGCACUGAGCAAUUCUGGCCGUUCUAUAUUCUAUUCAAUGUGUGAAUGGGGUGAUCAAAAUCCUGCCAAAUGGGCACCUGCCAUUGCAAAUAGCUGGAGAACUACAGGAGACAUAGAAGACAAAUGGGACAGCAUCACAUCUAGAGCUGAUCAGAAUGAUCAGUGGGCAUCUUAUGCAGGUCCUGGUGGAUGGAAUGAUCCUGACAUGUUGGAGGUUGGAAAUGGGGGAAUGACCAUGGAAGAAUAUAGGUCACAUUUCAGCAUAUGGGCUUUAAUUAAGGCACCAUUGUUGAUUGGUUGUGACCUAAGGUCUGCUAGCAGUGAGACUUUAGGGAUUCUGGGUAAUCAAGAAGUCAUUUCUGUCAAUCAAGAUCCAUUGGGAGUUCAGGGGAAAAAGGUCAGCAAACAAGGAGAUCUUGAGGUUUGGGCUGGGCCACUAUCCAACAAAAGAGUGGCCGUAGUCUUAUGGAACAGAAGUGGAUCGACAUCUUCUAUCACUGCAAAGUGGAAAGACAUUGGUCUUUCCAGCAAUACUGUUGUUCAAGCUAGAGAUCUGUGGGCUCAUUCAAAGCUUUCAACAAGUUUACAGGGCAACCUGACAUCAAGUGUUGAUUCACAUGCUUGCAAGAUGUAUAUUCUAACACCAACCUCUUCCUAAAUUCUGCAUCAGAACAAGUAUGCAGCUCAAAGAUUGUUCCAGUAUUAAUCACAUGAAUCAUCAGUUUGGAAAAUAAAACAAAAAUUAAAUAUCUAGGUGGUGGGGCCCUGAUAUAAUGGCUGUUCACAACACAACCAUCAAGAAGUUUCUGGUUACUGUUAUGCAAAGAUUUGCAGGUUAGCAAUGGCAGAGUACACAUGUUUCCAAUUCAAGUUCGAAAUAUAUGACAUCGUCGACUACUCCAAAAAGUUCAGUGGGGUUGUUGAAUUAUUGAUGAAGAAAUGUUGAUUUGUCUAUAAUAGCUAGUCCUAUGAACAAGGCAAGCAAAUGUUUGUAAAACAUUUUAUUAUUAAGAAAUUAAUUAAAAUUUUACUUUUA